AUGACAGAUGUGCAUCUAGAGAUUAAAGGAAUACGCAAAUACAUCAAGGACGACUUAGAAAGUAACGGCAAUAGCUCCACGCCCAAUUGGAGAGGUCUUGUAGCGACAGUUAAAGACGACCGCGCAAAAAGUCAUUUGAAAGACGCCCGUGGAGAGUAUUUUAACGAUCCAGCAUCCAUUCUAGAAGACCCAUUGGGUACGCCACUGGAAUACCGAGUUUGCGAAAAGUGUAGGAAACCUGUGAGUCUUUCAGCUCUUGUAGACCAUCUACAAAUCCAUUGCAAAGGACUCACCCAAGAUAAAGCGGGGGGUGAUCCAGAGGGUAGCAUCAAAACAGAAGACACUGAAGUCAUGGAUGACAUCUCUGGCUCUGGUGACAAGAAAAAGAAUCUUCAAUCGAGUUCUAAAAGAUCUACGCCGUUCGAAACUGACCCCAAGCCCGAAACCAGUCCUGCCGUGAAAAAACAGCGUAAGGCAGGAUCAACACCGGUUCCUUCCAAAGCAAAAAGACGCAUCAAGCAGAGAAAUCCAACCGAAAAACAUCUCAUAGAUUUCGAUAAACAGUGUGGUGUUGAGUUGGCAGAAGGAGGUUAUUGUGGUCGAUCUUUGACAUGCAAAUCGCAUUCUGUGGGAACCAAGAGAGCGGUAAAAGGCAGAUCUCAACCCUUUGAUGUACUGCUGAGCCAGUACCAGAAGAAAAACCAGCUCAAGACCAAUACGAACUCGAAACAAAAAACUAAAACGGCUACUCAGCAACCGCAAUCACAACAGGGCCAAAAUUCAGAAAUCAACGAAGGGUUACCGGUUGAGAUAUCUCCCGAGGAAGAAACAACUCAAGUUCUAAAUGGCGUGUCACGGUCGCUUCCGCUACCAUUGGAGACAAACGUUUUAGGCUCCUCUAGGCUGAGAACCAAAUACUUUAGAAUGCGCGAGAUGUUUGCAUCCUCAUUUUCGGUUCGUCCUGGUUUUAGUGCGCCAGGAUACGGAGCCAUUCAUUCGAGAGUGGGCUGUAUUGACCUCGAUAGAACGACUGAUUACACUUUCCGAAUUCGCACACCUCAGUUGAUCAAUAACAUGAACCCGAAUAAUCUUACUCCACAGCAGAGGCAGAAGAUUCAGCAGCAGAGAAUGCUACAAGCUCAAAUGCUAGCCGAACAGCAACAACAUCAGCAACAGCAGCAACCGCAGCAUCAAGUGCAACAGAUGCAACAGCGGCAACAACAGCAACAAAACGCACAAUUUCAGCAUCAACAGCAACAUACACCUGGAACUAUCCAGCAGCAUCAAGCGAACCCAUCUCCCAGCUUCCUUCAGCAACAGCAGCAGAUUCAAAAUGGGCGACUGCAACAGAAAAACCAGGGAUCUCUGUCGCAAGCCGAUCUCGAAUCAGGCCUUACACCCCAGGGUAUUCAGAAGCAACAACAGAGGCUCAGGCAGCAACAGGUUCAACAGCAGCGAUUUGAGGCAGCGGCAUAUCACCUUGCAACGGCAACAAAAUUGAUGCAGAAUGGGCCUAAAAACCAAGCUGCGAGUCAAAACGCUGGCGUCAACUCUGCUGUCGGAUCCCCCGUUAAUAUGGCCAAUAGCCGAAGUAACAGCAAUCCUCUAAACGUUACACCUGGUGGCGAUCAACGUUAG